GCUUCAUAUUUUUAUUUCACUUCAACAACAUGGCGAACUUGCCUCCUGGAGGAAUGGGGAUCCCAAACCCAAUGAUGCCUGCUUUUGGUAUGCCUGUUGCAGCUUUACCUCCACAACCAUUUAUUGCUCCAGUUAUUGACCCAGUAUCAACUUUUCAUGCAUCCCCUCUGUACAAUGCUUCUCCCUUGGCUACAUUUCCAACUCCUGUGGUGAUUCCUACACCGAUGGGUAUACCUCCACAAAUAUUUCCUGGAGCUGACAAGCCAAGCUUAAAUUCUCCUGGACAAGACAAGAAGUCUGCCUGGGGUGAACACAAAGCGCCAGAUGGACGAACAUACUACUACAACAGUCUUACUAAAGAAUCUAGCUGGGAAAAGCCAGAGGAUCUUAAAACACCCCAAGAGAGGCUGCUGUCACAGUGUCCAUGGAAGGAAUACAAAUCUGAUGCUGGAAAAAUUUAUUUUCAUAAUGCUGUUACUAAAGAGAGCAGAUGGACAAAGCCUAAAGAGCUGGAAGAGCUUGAAGCCAUGAUCGCUGCAAACACUUCAACUCAACCUCCUUCAACUAGCCCACCUUCAAAAUCAGAACCUUCUUCUGCUAUAGAGCAGGCCAUGCAAGCUACUUUAGCCUCAAUAGAGUUACCUCCACCUCCAACAGUAGCAGCACCUGUGCAAGUAGUUCCAGAUAUCCCUACAGAACCAAUAGUUGAAGAGAAAGAAGAAGCUCCGAAGAAAGAGGUUUAUGUUUUCAAGAAUAAAAAAGAGGCCAUUGAAGCUUUCAAAUGUUUGCUCAAGGAAAAGGAAGUGCCAUCGACAGCCAGUUGGGAAAGUGCGAUGAAAUUGAUCAUCAAUGAUGCCAGAUAUGGAGCUCUAAAACAUCUGAAUGAGAAGAAGCAGGCCUUCAAUGAAUAUAAAACACAAAGAGCUAAAGAAGAAAAGGAAGAAAAUCGUCUCAGGGCAAAACAAGCCAAGGAAGAUUUAGAGCAUUUUUUGAUGAACAGUGAGAAAAUGAAUUCCUCCAUUAAAUAUUGGAAAGCCGACACAUUGUUUGGUGAAGAUGAAGCAUGGAAAAAUGUCUCAGAAAGAGAUAGACGUGACCUGUUUGAUGAUGUUGUGCAUUUAAUAGCUAAGAGAGAAAAGGAAGAAGCCAAAAUACUCCGUAAGAGGAAUAUUAAAGUAUUUUCAGAAAUUUUGGACACUAUGCCAAAUUUAACUCACACCACGACUUGGUCAGAGGCUCAACAAAUGUUAUUGGAUAACCCAAGAUUUACAGAAGAUCCCGAUUUAGAAAAUAUGGACAAAGAAGAUGCCUUAGUGUGUUUUGAAGAGCAUAUUCGGAUGCUUGAACAGGAGAAUGAUGAUGAAAAGGAGAGAGAAAGGAGACGAAUAAAGAGGAAUCAAAGGAAAAACCGGGAAAGUUUUAUUGUUCUGCUGGAUGAACUACACCAUCAAGGGAAACUGAACUCAAUGUCACUUUGGAUGGAUCUCUUCCCAAUUAUUAGUCAGGAUAUGAGGUUUGGAAGUAUGUUGGGUCAGCCUGGAUCUACUCCAUUGGAUUUGUUCAAGUUUUAUGUGGAAGAUCUGAAGUCUAGAUUCCAUGAUGAAAAGAAAAUAGUCAAAGAGAUUCUUAAGGACAAAGGUUUCUACAUUGAAAUAUCAACAACAUAUGAGAGUUUUAAUAAUACCAUUUUGAGUGAUAAACGUUCUGCUAACCUUGACAGUGGAAAUAUUAAGCUUACCUACAACAGUUUGUUAGAAAAAGCAGAAGCCAGAGAAAAGGAAAGGCUCAAAGAGGAAGCUAGAAGACUGAAGAAGUUGGAGUCAUCUUUCAAAACUUUGUUAACAAAACACAAUAUAGAUCUAGACACAAAAUGGGAGGAUAUUCGCUCCAAACUAGAAAAUGAUCCAGCCUUUGAGAGUAUUACAUUAGAAGCUGAAAGAAUACGACUUUUCAAAGAACAUCUUGUUGCUUUGGAGGAAACUUGUUCUCAUUAUCAUCCAAAGAAAAAGAAGUCCAAGAAGCAUAGGUCAAAAAGGUCACGAUCUCGCUCACACUCAAGUGAAUCAGAUGAUGAGAGUCGUCAUAGGUCAUCCAGAAAAAAGAAACGCUAUUCAGAUUCAAGAUCUCCAAGUCAAGGAUCAGACUCCGCUAGGUCCAGAGAUGAUGAUGACAAAGGUUCUAAGAAACAUAAAAAAAGAUCCAAGAAAAAGAAGCACUCCUCUAGAUCUCCUUCAAGAUCAGGUGUUUCUGAUAAUGAGCAUGACAGAAGAAGUUCCUCUAAGCAGCCAAAGAAAAGAAGGGAAUCCCCAGAACAACAAUUGUCCAAGAGAGAGAAGGAAAGAGGAACAAAGGCAUAAUUCUGUAUUUCCCAGCAUACCUCAGUCAGCCAGUGGGACAGUUCUGAUGCAGAGAUGAGUGAAGGUGAGCUUGAGAAACAAAGGCGGAUGUUGAUUCAACAACUCCAAGAGAAUGCAUGACCUCACACUUUAAACAAUGUCUAGAAUAAACUAGUAGGAUUUUUAAAAAACCACGUUAGAAUUUUAAUCAAUUGUAGACUGAAAAGUUAUUUUAAAAAAUGUCACAGUGUUUAGUUCAUAAAAUAUGUCAUAGAUAUCAAAGAAAAUUACUGCCUAGCUUUGUUCCAUUUCUUGUGCAUAAAUCAAAAUUUAAAAAAAAAAUGUCUGAAUGUAUGACACAAACUAGUGUUAUAUAGGUUUUUUAAAACCUAAAACAGUUUAUUAGUGAUGCUACUUUUAAGCAAUAAUUUCAUUAUGAUGUUUUUCAUAUAAAAGAAUAUUCUAGUAUGACAUCUUCCUUCAUUUGAUUUUGAGCUCAUGCAUGGUUCAUCACAUGUCAACUCACUCCAUGUGCAUGCAGAUCUUUAGUUUCCUAACUCCUCCAGUUGUUUCAUUGUUAGAUAUCAAGCAUUAGCCUGCAAUCUGUGUCAAAAACAAACAUUGAGAACCUAGUAGACAGCAAUGGGUGCCCAGUAAAUGAGGUUCAAUGGUAAGAUGUCAAAACAUUUGGUGCACCUACUGGGAACACACACCCCCUAUACACUAGCUUUAUUGUAGUAGGCAUUUAGUGAGUUUGGGAAACAGUUUAGCUAAACCUGCUGGUCAACAGUUUUGUGAACACAUAAUAUGCUGGUUAAUAUUAUAGCAAAAUAUAUAUAUAUAUAUAUGCUGGUCAACAUGAAAGCAAAAUAUAUAUGCUGGUCUUUUUAUUUAAACAUAUACUGUUGACCAAGUUAAAAUUUAUUUUUAAUAAUUAUAUUGAUACAAUUGAUAAGAAUUUACAGCUACAUUAAAUCAAUAUUUUUUUUAUUGUGUAGUAAAAUUCUUUAAUUCGUACUUGUACAUAUUUUAAACUAAGUUUUUUUUUGUGUGUGAGUAGGACCAUGUUUGAAAUCAGGUCAAGGAAAUGAAGACCAUGGCAAACAUUGAGGUAGGGAAAUAGUGUUGAUGAUGUUGUUAUGAGUUGUACCAAAUAGAAAACUUGUGCAACAAAAUAUGUUUAUAUAUAUAUAUUUAUAUAUUCCAUACUGUUUCUUAAGGUACAACUAUUUUUUUUUAUUAGUUUUUCAGAAUUGAUCUUAAAAUAAUUUUUUUGUUUCAUUUAAUUUCUUUUUACUUUGUUUAAAAUUUUUAUUGUUUAAACUUUACACACACAUUUUUUGUGUGUGUUCCUAUUUGUGGCUGAUCAUUAUUGAAUCUUAAACCAUUUUGUAUCUCUACUUCCAAUUUGGUCAGCUCCUAGUUGAAUGUUGUGUUCACAUUGUCACCUAAAGAUAAUCAAUCUACAACUUGUUUUAUUUGUAAACAAUUCAUGAUAAUCUCUUGCUUUCCAAAGGUACUGUAGAUGACAGUGUUUGUACAAUUAGAGUAGAAAUUUCAAGAUUUUGUUGUGGUCUUCAAAUUUGUAUUUAAACAUUUGUGUGUUAUAAUUUUAGAAUUCAUUUCAUUAAGAACAGUAUGAAGCAAAUGUUAAAGACCAACAUAGUUACAUUUGACUGCCCUGUUGUUUUAUGUAGUAUCUUUUAUUCUGAACCAUGUUCACAAAUCAAAUGUUAAUAUUAAAAUUUCAUGAUGAUUUUU